AUGGACACACUCUCGGCGCCUCCGCACUCCACCAGCUCGGAACCGGAUGGCACACUCCAACAGAAGGGCAAAGCGAAGGAUGUUGCGCCCGAGAGCUGUGUCAUUUGCCUCGACCCCAUCUCCGAGCGCGCCAUAACCGUUCCAUGCAACCACUACAGCUUUGACUUCCUGUGCCUCGCCAGCUGGCUUCAGCAAUGCUCCACUUGUCCGCUGUGCAAGGCCGACGUCUCGCAAAUCCAGUACGACUGGCGCUCGCCUGAAGACUUCAAGACAUACAAUGUCCAAACCACCAAGCUCGCCGCAUCGAGCUCCUCCGCUUCGUCGGCAACCCGUGGUCAUUCCCGACCCUUUGUCCAGCGCCGUUAUAGACAAGGACGUCCUGCCCGCCGCAGUCCGUCUCCAAGCCCGGACAUAGCCCUGGUCCGCCGUCGCUACGUCUACCGCAACGAGCUCUUCUCCAUGCACGUAGGCACCAAUCGCAUCUCCCGCUACGCCAACUUCACACCCCAAACGGUUGCCUCCUCGCCCGACCUGCAGUCCCGUGCUCGCGCUUUCAUCCGCAGAGAGCUUCGUGUCUUCAGUUUCCUCUACCCUGAAGCUGCCGACGACUCGGAAACCGCAAGCCGUCGCGUCGGAAAUGCCGAGUUUCUCCUCGAGUAUAUACUAGCGAUCCUGAAGAAGAUGGAUAUCAAGGGUCCAACUGGCCAGGCCGAGGACAUGCUGCAGGAAUUCAUCGGAAGGAACCAUGCGCGGCUUUUCCUGCAUGAGCUAGGUGCUUGGUUGCGGAGUCCAUACACGAGGCUUGAGGACUGGGACAGGCAUGUCCAGUACCGUGAACCCUUGCCUACAAGCGUAGAAGAUGCGGAACACCGGCGCAACGGGCCGGCGAGAGUCAAAAUGUCGUCGGAAAGCGAUCGUGCAGGGCCGUCAAGGCAGCAUUCCCGAACGCGGCCCUACCGCUCGUCGCCGUAUCAGCGUCGUGGCGGUGCAUCCCAGGCAGAUAGGCAUUCUCGUCGAUAUGAUCCUGAUUGA